AUGAGUACUUCCAAUCCUUCUACAGAUAAUAUCAAUCCAAGCACAUCAUCAGCAGAAGGUACAACAACAACUUCAACAUCCUCGCCGCCAUCAUCAUUAACAACGAACAAAGUUGCCUACCAUGUGAUGCCAGAAGAUGUUCGGGGUAGAUUGUUGGACCAAUCAUCUGUGAGUGCUGCGGAGGCUACCCACCACAUUGAUACUUUUGUUUUUCAUUUCAUGCAUGAGAGAGGAUUUACAAAGCCUUUAGAAAGUUAUGAAAUUGCUCUACAGCUCUUCAACAAGAGAAGACUCAUCAAGCUCAUACAGGCUGGAGAAUUUGAGAGGGCAAUGGCUUACUUGACCACUUGCAAACGAUUCAUUCGUGAUUCUGAAUACAACACAGUCAUGCGUAGGAUCUUUUAUGCCUUUUUCCCUUGUUUAAUGCUCAAAGGUGAAACAGCCAGAGCUUUGAAACUCAUUACAGAGAUGGAAAACUUGGGACUCUAUGAUCAAGAAGCCAAACUCAAGUAUGGUGAUUUGUUAAAAUUUGACAAGCUGUCGAACGUCAUUUCCAGAGAUAUGGUCAUUAGCAAAUGUGCAGAAGUCGUUUCAAAGGAUUUGGAAAAUAUUGAAGAUCAUUUUUGUGUAGACAAGCCAGAUAUUCCAUCGAAAUUUGAGAAACUUGAUUCCACUGCUCUGAUUAAUUCUUUGCAAUAUGUGUUCGACUUUAAUCCAACUAAGCAAGCUCCAGUGAGUACUACCAAGAAUAUGAACGUAGAAGCAACCACUGUAUCAAUAUGGUCUGCAUACUCUCGACCAACUAAGAAAACCAAGAUCACACACGUCUCGUCUGCUGUAUCAGAAACGGAAACUGCUACGCCUUCGGCCGACACACAGAGCGUGGCCACACACAAGCAACUCUUUUCACUCGUCAAGCAGAAUGAGGUUAAGAUAUUUGAUUCUCCAAUUCAUUCAAUUAUUACACAUAGUGGUUCAAACACAAAAGCCAUUGUCACCACAAUUAUCGGAGGAGAAAAGGAUAAACGGUUGCAAUGGAGAGUUUUUAACAUUAAGGAUUUUCAAGAACUGAAGAAUCAGGCUGCCGAUGAAAAGCUUGCAGAAUAUGUACAUAUGGGAGAGAGCGAAUUUCCACCCUCAAUGACGUUUGCUGUUAACACCUUGUUUAUUGAGAUUGCCAACCGAAACAUGCUACUCCUUUUGAAAUUAGAGUCUGACAAGUUUUAUAAUUAUACUUUCAACACAAAUAUGACGAGCAUUUUGAUGCAGGGCGAUACAACUUGUCCUCUUGUCGGUACUGCCACAGGUGAUCUCUAUUUGGCUAGCAUCAAGCUCAAGUCAAUAGAACUAUUGGGAAAUAUUGAUAAUAGCGCUAUUGUCAUGAUCUUGACGUGCGCUGAAAACGAAUCUUACCGAUAUCUAUUGCUGAGAAAUGGAAAAGUUUGUAGAGUUGAAUUGAAUAAGGAGGGAAAGCUUAUCCCAGACAGCAUUCUCAAAUAUGAGCCAGACGCGGCAUGCACUGCUAUUCCUUACAUGAUGGUGAACCCACAAAAGCCAACAGAACUACUCGUCAAGUAUGACACUGCUGUACGUGUUGUGGUCUGUGGAAAGUCAUUCCGUAAAAAGAGUGCAGGCAGGGAGUGGAAAGAUCUGUCAGCUGCUUGUUACAGCCACGAUGGAAUAUACACGUUUAUUUCUCGCACUGACGGAACGAUUUCAGUGUGGGGAGGAGCCAGCUUGCUUGAAAGAGGAACGCUUUUAGACUUGGGCCCUAACGACUAUGCCACCUUUAUGACCCUUGCAGAGAAUAAUACGUUGCUGAUUGGAACCAAGAAUGGACGGUUCAUUUCUUAUGAAGUUGUUUCAAACAAGUAA